AUUACAAUACGUCUUUCACAUACAACAUCACUCGUCAGACCUCACAAAGAACCAGGAUGCAGUUCAACGCAGUCAUCGCUCUGGCAAUUGCCACAUUCUCAGCAACUCCAGCUCUGGCCGAGCAAGUACAAUGCUGGUACGACUUGGAUUGCCAGAACGGGCUCUACUGCGGCCCAGGCAACAUUUGCGCGGAUGCUGUCCAGGGAAACGCCAACAGACAGCAGGGCCUUUGCGUGUUCGACCAGGAGUGCACCGUCGAAGAUCCAAAAGUGGUCGAUUUCUGCUGGGAUGGUUCAUGCACAGAUCCUGCCUCCGCCAACGCUGUGGCUGCUGGCGUGCCUCUUACUCCUCCACAGCAAAACUAAGUCCUGAGAUAUCAGAGUCCUCUUGUUCAGUAAGGCAAGUUGAGCAAUCAGUUGAGGCGCUAUGCCGUGAUUCAGCAUGCCAGACGAGAUACAAUCAUAUAGAGCGUGCUGUAUGGCAAGCUAUCACUGUCUAA